CCGACUUCGCACAGUCGGUCAGUUGUCAGAAAGCCGCUUAAACGGGUGGACGUUCUAUCGAUAACGAGAUAAUAAUUAUCGAUAAAAAUCGCGAUCUCACCUACGUCAUAGGCUUAAUUAAACAAAUCGAAUGAAUUCGUCAUGUAAACUAUUACCUUAUAUAAGUGUCGUGCUAGACUUUAGUUAGUGGUUAGUUUAGAAGUUUAAUAUGAAUACAGUUUCAAACACAAUGAACGUGUGGAUAUUUCAAUGUCUCGUGUGGGUCAGUCUGAUGCUAAAUCCAUCUUUCGGGUACAGGGACUACGAUCAAGACUACAGCUUCCAACGACGAGAUACCACGAACCGUAAAACAGAUCUCAGUACCCAAGACCGGCCGGGUUAUGACAGACAGAACAGACAAAUUGAGAAUGACGAUAGACAAGCCGGUAGCGAGAGAUCUAUACUGUUCGAUUUCAAUAUACAAAGAGUGCAGGCCACGAGUAGAAUACCAAUAGAAGAUUCUAGAAGGAAUGGCGAAUCCACGUUGAAGAUAAUCAAUAAUUUUGCGAAGCCUGUACAAAUUUUGACGAGAAGAGGGGUGAUUGGUCAUCAUGACCCGACAAAAUCGACUGGGGAGGUGGUGUUCCCUGGACCCACGUCCAGGACCUCGUCCUUUGAACCACAGGUCACUGACCAGGAGUGUCUGCAGACUGGGAUCUGCGAGCAUGUCGACAAUUAUCCCCAGGAGAAGGUGGACGAGGUCGUAACGAAGCUGGAAUCAUCGAAAUACAAUUUCAACGUAGACAGACUGGUGACACCAGAAAUCGCACAAAGAAUAGGACCCCACGACGAAAUGAUGGAGUUAUGUAAAUCAAAAGAAACUGUGGUCGCCCCCAGAGCUGUCCGGGACGACAACAGCAAAUGGUACGUCGUGGUCAACCAGAAGAACCAGGUGCUCCAGGGUUUUCGAGUGGAAAUUUGCGAACCCGCAUCAGCGCCUUGUUCCGACCUCAUCUACGUAAUGUCAAGCUCGUACAACAAGACAUGUGUACAAAAGUACCAAUAUCGAAAAAUGGUGGUACUAAAUGACGACGGAAAUCACACAGAGAAAGAGUUCAAGAUACCUUCUUGUUGCUCUUGCGCGGUCUUCCCGGUGACCCAGUGACCCAGUUACGACACCGAUGAAGUUUUGACGCAGAGUCACCUGAAGAGAAACAUGAUCCCUGUAUACAAAACAAAACCAUACGGAUCUAGUUUCUCUAAAGGUGGCUGUACCUAUUUCAAGGAAAAUCCUUGUAACAUUAAAUAUAUAGAAUAUUUACGGUUUAAAAUAUGCAUUUUU